AUGAACUUCUCCGUGGCCCCUCCUAUUCUCCUGGCCUUCAUCCUGAGCAUCCACCUGGGAGCUGCCACACGUGGCAGCGAUGUGUCCAAAUUCUGCUGUUUCCAACAUAGCCGCAAAAUGCUUCCCUGGAUCUUGCAAAAGUAUGCAUACACUGGUAACAGCUGUCCCCAGCGGGCUGUGAUAUUCACUACCCAAAAAGGCAAGAAAGUGUGUGCCCAAGUACAGAAAAAAUGGGUGCAAAGAUACAUUUCUUUACUGAGAACUCAGAAACAAUUGUGACUUUGCUGAAUUUUCAGCCCAAGGACAC